GAUGAAUCCAAGAUACCUCUUGUCAUCGUCGCUUGUGGUUCCUUCUCCCCUCCCACCUACCUCCAUCUGAGAAUGUUCGAAAUGGCCAAAGAUGAAAUCCUCGAAUCUGGUACAUACGAAAUCAUGGCCGGAUAUUAUUCCCCCGUAUCAUCUUAUUACAAAAAAGCCGGUCUCGCACCUGCUAUACACCGUGUAAGGAUGUGCGAAUUAGGUGUGGAACAUACUAGCACUUGGCUCAUGGUAGAUCCAUGGGAAGCCGGUCAACCAGAGUAUCAAAGGACUGCUGUGGUGUUGGAACAUUUUGAUGAAAUGCUCAAUGGGGAUGGAGGUAUGAGAAUGAGUGAUGGGAAGAAGAGAAGGUUUAAGAUUAUGCUUUUGGCUGGAGGUGAUUUGAUUGAAAGUUUUGGUGAACCGGGAGUGUGGAGUGAACCGGAUUUACAUAUCAUCUUAGGAAGGUUCGGUUGUUUGAUAGUGGAACGUGCUGGAUCAGACGUUUGGGCCUUUUUGCUUUCACAUGAUAUUUUAUAUCAUCAUCGUCGGAACGUUAUUGUCAUCAAACAACUCAUCUACAACGAUAUCUCUUCUACCAAAGUUCGUCUUUUCGUACGACGUGGAAUGUCCAUCAAAUAUCUUUUACCAAAUUCGGUUAUUCAGUAUAUCUACGAUAAUCGUUUAUAUCGAUUCGAGAUGCCCAAAGCUGUGAAGUCUGGGUGA